AUCUCCAAACAACAUCACGCUACCGCGACCUGCAGCAGCCACGCCAACCUGCCACUGCUACCUUCGGCCGCGAAAUGUCCACAGUCACUCUCUGGCACUAAUACACCAAAUGGUCCCGACUCUAUAGUCAGCCUCGAGAUUCUACAUGACCUCAGACCCCCUAUAGACCAUGGCGACACUGCAAAGAACGCGUCCCCCGCGCUCUGGCGUAGCAACGUCUCGACCGCAGUCCAUGUAUGCUCGCGCGCCUCAGCAGCGACUUCCUAGUCCCAUGAAAUCCUCAGAGCAGCUUGUAUCGACCAUUACGCCCCUCAAUACGUUCCUUACGAAUCUGCGCCUCCUGAAUCUUGACCAGUUGCGAGACUGGCCCAACCCAGUCCCUGCCAUAUUCUCUGCUAGCGGACCUCAGGGGCAUAAACGGCGACUUCAGAUUGUAGAAUGGACAUUGUUCAGACUAUUUGAAAUUUACGAUCCAGAUGAAACGUUAUCGAAGCUCAAACCAUUCUUUCCUGCUACCGAACAGCUGCAAUCUGUCAAUCUGCGAUCUGCUCUUCUAAAAUUGCUCGAAAAUGCGAAACGACUCGGAGUUCUGGGACGCGACACUAUUCUGCGCAAGACGAUGCUUGACGAAUGCCGGGGCGAGCGCCUGGAGGAGGUUCUAGCCGCUUUUUCGUCUGCAGUACUCAAAAAAGUAGUUGCCGAUGCAGUAGACGAAGGGAAGAUACGCGAAUCUCCAGCGCUCGAAUUAGCGCUAGACAGCAGCGGAAAGAAGGAUGACCUUGCUACUCUACGAACGCUGACGCUUGCGUAUCGUGCUUCUCUUUGCAAUCUGCUUCAACAUAAGAAGAACGCCAAGGCAAAGUGUCGUGAUUUUGAAGAACUCCUUGCUAUUAAGGAGCGAGGAUUAGCCAGGCGUAUGGAGGCGGUCGAGGAGAGGAGCAGUCGUGAAAGCUUUGGAAGAAUGUCCGAAGGCGAGCGCAAUGACAUGCGACGGACUAUACGAAACAACUGGACGGGCAAUGAAGCCUGGGUUGAUACGCUGCUUUACGGCAAUGAAGCAGCUAAAAACAGAAGUGGCCUUCUUGCGACGCCAUACGACAGAAUCUGGAAUAGAGUUCAGCAAGGCCGUUUGGCAGAGGUUGAAGAUGAUGGCGAGGGUCUGCUGGAACAGCUUAACACUCGUGUCAAACUCCAAAGAGACAGAUUGGCACGAUGGAGUGCCUUUCAUAGGGACAUGGCGUAUGAUAAGGUACCACCGUCGCCGUCUAAACGCCGGGCUCCAAUUCCAAAGAAGAAGGGUAUGGAGCUGAGCUUUGAAGCACACAAAGAUCUGCAAGUUGGGCAUUCUCGCAGUACGAGGACCAGCCUCAGAGAGGAAAUCGAGCUGGAACCUGAAUAUGAACAAAUUAUGGAGAGACUUGCGCAGGAGCUGACAGCACCUCUUUUCGUCACCCCUCAAGAUAUACUGGGACCGAUUAUCCAGCGACAGCGACGAGAGUCAUACCUUGAACCAGAAGUCUUCGAAGAGGAUGCCAUAUCUGACAUGAGCGAACUGGACAGUGACGAACCAGAAGAGCCAAAGAUACUGCCAAAGGCUGCUACAGCACCUCUAAGGGCUGCCAAAAGACUGCCACGUCGACCAGUGGUACAACCAAGGCAAGGGUCCAGAGAUACCAGUCGUUCACUCAACUCUCACGGCAGCGCCAGAGAUUUGCGAGAGGAAUACAGCCGCAAGGCCAGUUUUGAGAUUCCGAAACCAGAGCCAGCCGUCUACGAUGCUGCACUUCGCAACCGAGAGAUUCUUGAUUCCAUUGAUCGUGACUCGUCAUCCCCAUCCCCCACCAAGAAGGUAAAACCUAGGCACACCUUGUCUCUUGCUGAACGCACGCGUCUAUCCAUGGCCAGAACUUCUAGGGUUUUCGACGAGGAUGAGCUUCCAUUGGGACCGUCUGUGGCAAAUAAGCCUGCCAAGACGAACCGGGAACCAACACCCGAAGAGCCUGAUAUGGACGACGGCUAUACGGAUUUAGCUAGUCGAACAAGGAAGAGUAUGGCCGGCUUCGAAAAGGCACAGCAGAAAGCGCAGAUGGAGCGACGUCGAUCUAUGAGACGAUCAAAGAUCCUUCCGCAGCGAGAGGUUGCCUACAUCCCCAAAGUUGACGAAGAGGAACUUACGUCGAGGAUUGAGCGCUUGAUGAAGGAGGACAAUAUGGAGGCGAUUUUCGGCUCAAAGAAGGGCGGCACACCAGGCGGUGCUGAUUGGGAAUAGAUGUAAAUCACUAUUGUACACAUCGCACAAUAUUUAUAGUUUGUACAUUUAGCACUUGAACGUGUUCGAUACGUCAUAAUCAAAUGAAAUCUAAACAUGCGUUUUUAUUAUACAAUGUUUGGGUCUAAUAUACAUGCAAUAGGCUGAUGUAGCCCUUUUGGUAUUCGGUUUACCAACCCUGCUUCUUCAACUCCAGCACUCUGCUACAGGCAGCCUUGAAGCCCGUCUUGAAUCUAGCUCUCCAGCGCUCGCUCUUGAGUCUCUUGCGGCGCAGGCCUGGUCUUUCGUGGAAUUUCUGGGUGCGGUUCUUGGUACGAAUCUUUUGCUCCCUCGCCACGCGAUCAAUCAUGCGCAUAGCUACUGUCGCCGUCGGUGCUGAUGUAGGAGAACCGCGAUCCUUAACGAAGAUGGUGCGGCCGACAGUUGCAGCGCAACGGAACAUGGGGCGCUCGAGGGGGUUGCUAGGCAAGCUCGCCAGUGAGGCUGUGGCGCGAUCGGCAAGCAGCGAGGUGAUAUCCAUGGGAUACAUUGGAGAGGACUGCGCUGUGGGAGCAGCAGGAGAAGGAGUAGCCUUGGCUUCGAAUUCAGCGGCAGGGGGAGGUGGAGGAGGAAGUAUCGUCGAGGCAGCGGACUGUGAUGCUGUAGGAGCCUCCUUUGCCGGCGCCCGAGAAGGCGACGGCGCAGGGGUUGUGGGUUUCGGCUCGGGAGUAGGAGCUACAUUGGAGUUACCAAUGAGAGGGUUGACUCGAGGUGUCGAUGCUGAAGGCUUGUUUCGCAAAACAAAGGUUGUGCUGAAUGCACGCGAGGCGGCUGGUUGUGAGGCCGCGAGCCUGGUUGCCAGGAGGCCGGUUUGUCGUAGCGAUGCAGACCUGAGAAAUAAUUGUGUUAGCUAGACUAUCAAUUGGAAUCAAAUUUAGCAUUCUCUAGCCAAACAUACAUUUUCA